AUGGAAAUGAUGAGCCUCAAGAAGAAGUUGACAGCUGUGAAGACAGGCGCAGCAAGCAUGGUGAAAAAGGCCUUGAUCUUAGAGAAAUUGUUUCAGUUGUUAAGUCAGAAGAAGUGUGAUACUCUUCUUCAUAUAAGUGAUAGAGAAGAGGAGACGGGCGAGAAGACUGGUGAAGAGAGAAUAGAUGAGAAUGAGGUGAAAGAAAAUGAUAAAGAUGAAGAGUUAGGAUUCUGA